AUGGAUAAUGACAAAGAAUUAUUAAUCUCUAUCAUCGAAAAAAGCGAAUUUGAUAAAGAUCAAAGACUAGACGAUACAUUUUAUCCAUAUUCAUUAAAAGGAUAUUCAUAUCUUGAAUUAUGCUGUUAUUAUGGAUCUGUUGAUUGUUUUAAGUUCAUAAUCACAAAAUUUCACCCAGAAAUAACAAAAAAAUGUCUUCGUUUCUCAUUUUUAGGUGGAAAUCAGGAGAUCUUAAGCGAGUGCUUGAAAAAACAAGAACCAGAUAAAAAAUGCAUGAAAAUUGCAAUUAUUACACACAACAUUGAUUUUGUUUCGUUUUUAAGGAAUGAAUAUGAUAUUGAAAUCGACUUAGCCGAUUGCGGUUUGUAUAAUAAUCUUCAGUCAUUUUUAGUAUAUUUAGAUCAAACUAAUAAUAUUGAUACAUGCUUAAUUUAUUCAUCUUAUUUCUUUCUUCCAUCCCUUAUCAAAUAUUUUAUUUCACAUGGUGCUGAUAUCAAUGCUAGAGACAAAAAUAAGAGAACUCCACUUCAUAACGCAGCAUAUAGCAACAGCAAAGAAACAGCAGAAGUUCUUAUUUCACAUGGUGCUGAUAUCAAUGCUAGAGACAAAAAUAAGGAAACUCCACUUCAUAAAGCAGCUUAUAGCAACAGCAAAGAAACAGCAGAAGUUCUUAUUUCACAUGGUGCUGAUAUCAAUGCUAGAGACAAAUAUAAGAGAACUCCACUUCAUAAAGCAGCUUAUAGCAACAGCAAAGAAACAGCAGAAGUUCUUAUUUCACAUGGUGCUGAUAUCAAUGCUAGAGAUGAAGAUGAGAAAACUCCACUUCAUAACGCAGCUUAUAGCAUCAGCAAAGAAACAGCAGAAGUUCUUAUUUCACAUGGUGCUGAUAUCAAUGCUAGAGAUGAACAUGAGAAAACUCCACUUCAUUACGCAGCUUAUAGCAACAGCAAAGAAACAGCAGAAGUUCUUAUUUCACAUGGUGCUGAUAUCAAUGCUAGAGACAAAUAUAAGGAAACUCCACUUCAUAAAGCAGCUUUUAGCAACAGCAAAGAAACAGCAGAAGUUCUUAUUUCAUAUGGUGCUGAUAUCAAUGCUAGAGAUGAAGAUGAGGAAACUCCACUUCAUUACGCAGCUUAUAGCAACAGCAAAGAAACAGCAGAAGUUCUUAUUUCACAUGGUGCUGAUGUCAGUGAUAAUGAUAGUGAUGAUGAUAAUGAUCGUGACGAUGAUAAUGACAGUUAUGAUGAUAGUUAUUAA